AUUUAUAAGAGCGUACCAAUUGAUCUGGUUCCGAACGGAAUGAUACAGCUCUAAUAAAAACAGCUGUUUAAUGUGACGAUGCUAAACAAUUGUGUAGUGAAUAACAUGAAAAUUAAAUAAACAAUAUUGACAUCUAUAAAUUCUCAAAAUGUUUGCAACAUAUGCAGGUGGCUCCUGGAUAGAUGCUGUUUUUGAUGAAAUCGCGCUGGAAGGCUUGGAAGGCACCACAUUACCAUAUCUGUGGUCGCUGCUGUCUAUAAGACUGUAUGCUGGCAAUCCCUUGCCAGAUAAGUUGCAUCAACAGAUAUGGCAGUUAUUAUUACGGUCGACUGAGGAAGUUAACUUCUUCAUAUUACCCGAAGCAAGGCCUUUGAUGCCGGUAUAUAAGCGCUUUAAUGAUCAGGAUGUGGAAUGCGAAAUGCCUGUAGUACCAGAAAGCAGUCCCUUUUUGCGUUUGCCCUUUGCGCCCGUACAGGAUGGCCCUAUACGCGGCAACUGCAUGGAUUACAAGACGCGCCACCGCAUAAAUGUGGAUGAAUUGGAAGCACUGUCCGCUGCAGAAGCCACACAACAGUAUCAGCAAAAGCUGGUCAUAGUGGCUAGCCAGGAGCUGCGCACAAAGGCGUUGAAGCCAGCAAACAUGUUACUGCCCCGUGAGUUAACCGUGCAGCAUUAUGUAUUCCUCGAGAGUGUGGGACGUUCUCGACAUAAUGGAGAAACCACACGUGGUCCUUGGUCCUUGACAAAUUACUUCACUGACCCCAGUUUGAUAUUCUAUUUGAGAAACUGGUUGUUGAAGCAGCAGUUUGUUGUCGGUCAGAUCUAUGCGGAGCGUCAUAAUGGACGUAGCUUGACUUCCACUUUGGUCAUGUUGCCUCGUUUCUUUCGGAUUUACAAGAAUCACACUCAACGCAUCAUGGAAAAGUUCUAUGCAGAGAUCAAAGCGAGCCCAUUUCAGUAUAUACCUAGUUGCGAAAUAUUGGAACGUAUGCCAGACUUAUCCAGUUCGAGGCUUAAAAAGCUGCUCAUCUCGCACAACUUUCGUAAGAUCUUUGAGACGGCGCUCGUUCAACCGCCAUGUCCAGCGAGCAGCAGCAGUAGCUCCAAGCCGCACCCAAAAGGUCGAAAAAUGUCGGUUGUGCGUCUUCGUAAUCCCAAUAUGGAGUUCGAUGAUCUCAAUCAGCAAGAUCUCACUGAAGAGCGUGAGGAUAAGGCGCCCGAUGAGUUGCUAAGUCAGCGACAUGCCUAUGUAAAUAUGCCCAUUGAGUUGGAAAGUUUGCGCGCCAUCAAGCACUUCGGUACGAGGGGCAUGAGUACCUUAGAGCUGUGUCACUACGUGGCUGUCAAUUUUCAAAUUGCACGAAGUAUUAUCAAAUUUUUGAUGCGCAAGAAAAGAAUCAAGAGCUAUACAGAAACUGUGGGCAAAUCUCGCAUUGCUCGCUUUGUGGCAGUCGGGACUGAAGCGGAGGCUAUUUUCAGGGAAAAGGAAGAGCAGCUGGAGAAGUCAGUGCUGCAGCUACAAUGCCAGGAUGAGCUGAAUGUACCUCUGAACGUGGACAUUGUGAUCAAUGAUCUGCCCAAUAUCAAAACCAAUGUACGUGCUAUGGACUUCUCGAGGAAAGCGUUUAAAGGCACCGAUAAGGAGACACCACAGCAUGUGGCACGCAAAAUGUUAAUCGUGCGACAAAUUGAUAAGACCUGUAUUAUACACUCCAUUGACUUAGCUCGAUCCAUCAUGGAGGCGGAGAAGAAUGUAGGCGCACGUGAAAAAAUAUGUCGAAAAUCGAUGUUUAGACUGCUCGAGCGAAUGCAACAUGCACGCAUUUUGAAUGUCUACGAAGUGACGCUGAAGUACGAGGAACGUAUGCGUCUUUAUCGCUUGGUCACACAUCCCAAGAUCGAUCUGCAGCACGAACAACUUGAGCGCGAGGUUUUGCGUUUGAAGAACAAUUUCCAUUUGAUAACCGAGGAGCGACAAUCACGUCCAGCUCAAUUGAUGUUGGGCAAAGGGCGACGCGAGCAGAUGGAACGAAAAAAACUUCGAAUUGACUCUCAGCGCAAAGAUAAAUCAAAACCAUCAGCGCCUAAACUCUUGGUGGCCAGCACCUUACACGAAUUCCUCUACUAUUUGGCUUGCGAACAGCAGCGCGAUCAACAGCCGCUGCAAAUGAAUGAGGAGUUGUUGCGGCAGUGGCAGCACACCGAACCGUCGUUGAUGGCACGUGAAUAUCUGGAGGAGUGGCAGGCCACGGAGUCGGAAGUGUUGCCCUACACGCAGGAGAUUAGCUGGCGCACGUUUAUACCACCUUUACCCAGCUACGAUAAGCCAACUGGUUGGCUCUACUUUAUGGAUGCUCUAGAGCGCAUGCCACUUUCGUUAAUGCUUCGCAUCUUUCGCAUCGAGCGAGAAGUAGCAGACAAGCUGCGCCCACAGCUCCAGCAUCCAGUGCGACAGCAUUAUCUCCUGGCGCAGCUGCAACUGCAGAAUUUGAUACCGCGAAUAAGUCUGCAGCAACGAUACCUGGGCAUGCUUCGUCUGCUAAAUAAUAUGGGCCUAUUACAGGUCAGUGAACGGCAGCUGGGACGCGAUGCGUUGCAACGUUGGGUGUAUUUCAAUAGGCAUACCUGCCUGCUGGACACCACCACGAGCAGUGGUCACAACUACAGACGGAUUAAUCCGGAACUCAAUUACGAACGACUCACAUAUGAGUUCACCAGUCGCGAACAGAUUGCCGACUAUUGGGCCAAGCUUCAGCAUGUGUGUAUCUACACAAAGCUGGGGUUCCUGAAGCACAAGGAGCGCAAAGUGGUUAGCAGAAAGGAGAAACGUCCGCAACCUCUCAGUUUUGUGCGCUUGGCUGCUUUUGACGAGGCUGCGCAGCUAGAUGACGGCAGCGUACCAGGUGAUCAACAGGGUGCAGCGGGUCUUUGCUCUUCGCUCUUUGCGCAUCAGUUUCGUCAUUGGUCGUGGGUGAAGCGUAACUCGGUGCCAGCCCCGCGAUCAACUGCGACGAACGCCCGGAAAGCUGCAUCAAUUCCCCUGCGCAAGCGCCUUAGCUUGAUUCGAUUGAAGCCAGUACCACGACUUAGUAAAACACGCGGUGCGAACUCCACGGAUACGCGCAAGCGCAAGAACGGACCACGCGACGACAUCGAUCGUGAUGCAUUGCGUAAUAUGCGUACCUUGCGUGUCACAUGGAGCGCUGCCGAGGAUCGAAUAUUAAAAAUGGGACGAGCUAUCUAUUUGUUUAUUGAUGCGCCGUUGCCUGCACUGGCGCUCUACAAUGUGGGCAUUAUUUGCCGGGAUGUGAUACGUAGAUAUCUAAAUAUAAAUAAUAAGACAACACAGGCCUGUGUGCGACGACUGCAGUUCCUCAUUCGAAUGAAACGCGACCAGCCAGACGUUCGCAAUUGGAUCUAUAUGAUGCAAACCCAGCCAGAAUUUAAUGUCAUCUACAAUGAACGCUUUUUAUCGCAGCUCAAGCUCGAGUACCCUGUGCGCAGUGAUCAAGUCGAAGCGCUGCUUAUUCAUUUUGUGAUCAUACUCGAGCGGCUGCAUCGCAUGAUUAUUAAUGAGGACUUCGUCUAUCGUCAGUUUCUGCUGCCCGAUAAUCUUGAGGAUUACCGCAGUCGCUUUAGGGAGUGUGUAGCGCCAAAUGGUGAACAGGACUCGCUACUCUAUGCGAAUCCUACUACAGAGACUGAACUUCAAAUAACUGUUGUCUCCGGUGUACAGCAUAGUAUCUUGUGCAGUGCAAAGGAUAAGACACUGUUCAAUCUGCAAGCCUUUGAAAUUUACAAACACUUCUCUGAGGAUGUGUUGAAUGCGGCAUUCAAUAAAGCGCGCGCAGAUUCACUUUUGGUGGCUCUCAAGCGUCGCAAUAUCCAACAUGUGAAUCGUCAAAUCUCUGGCCCUGGACAUCUGCUUAGCUCCAAGUACAAGUAUAAAUUAGUGUGCCAGAAGUAUGGGUACUUGCUGUACGAUGCCUACUACGCAUUCGAACGACGUUUUCAUGAAUCUCUCGGCUUGACCAGCUUGGAUUUACCAUCCCCGAAUUUCGCGCAGCUGCUGCUUCUUGGCGAAUGGGUGGCAAAUAAUUGGUUGAGCUUAAAUCUGCAGCUGCCCGUGAAUAUACUCAAUGUAGAUACAACUAGUAUGCCGACUAAGACGGCAGAGUCGUCUUCGGAUCGCAUUCUGGAUCAUUAUAGCAGCAUAUUUGACAAUGCACCGCAGACGGAGUACUCUAAGCGGCUGGAGAGUGUUUGCAGUGGUCGUCCGGCUUCUCGCGUUCGCUUCCAUCCGGCAAAUCUUACGUAUCGUCUUAAAAAUAGCAUCUACAAUCAGCUUAACAAGUUGCCCAUGCGUUCCAUGCAUUUCUUUUGCGCUCUGGACGCACUGGGGCAGUCCGUGAACAUUAGUUGUGCGCGACUGGAACACGGGGAAUGCCCCUUUAGCUGCAUAAUGCAUAGUGGAAAUUAUCUCAAUGCAGUAGAGCGCAUCAUCCACGAGCAUCGUGCCAUAUUGCGUCAACUGGUGGCCGAUGCACUGCCCCAAGUGGCGCUGCAGUUGCAGCUAGAUAGCUCCAUAUCUAGUAGCACCACUUUAACCGUUUCCACGGGAAAUCUCUUAAUACUCGUGGAACAAUUGGAGUCGUAUUGGCGUCAGCAGCAGCAGCCGCAGGAACUCAAGGAUCUGGGCAAACGUUUGGCUGAUUCCACGCUAAACAAAAAAACGGAUUGGCAUUCGCUUUGCAGUGCACUGCUCAGCUAUGAGGCUGGCAAGGAGGAGACAGGAGAUCGUCCGCAAGAUUAUGAACCAUCUCUAAACAAGGAGGAGCGUGCGCGUGCACAAGAUGUCUUUGUAGUACAUUUACCCACAAUCCACAUACAGCAACUUGAGCAUCCGCAGCUGCAAGCUAGAGAAGAUGAACUGCGCAAAGCGGUGCUCGACAAAGUGGCAAAAGCCUCCUUUUGGCGUUAUACGGACAACAGCUUUGCAACGCUGCUACCGACGCUUCAAGAUCUCAACUAUGAUUCGAAAGCCAUUCAACAUGUGAAGGACAUACUCGAGCACAUACAGCAACAUCCACUAGGCGUUGAGGGUGUAUCACUACGUCGCAGUUUCCCCUUAGGUAAAUUUCUGCUUGAAGCGCUUCAACAGCUGGAGGCUCAUGAUCUAAUAAAGCGCGUGGGUGUUGCCAGCUAUAUGUACGUGCAUAGGGUGCACAUGCGAAAUUGGGUGGUGCACACGUUCCACAUCAAGCGGCUGGAACGGGAGCGUGUCCAGAAUGUUGUGUCUGCCUCGCCAGCAACGUUGCCUGAGGUGGUCGGACAGAAGAGGCAGCUAGCGGAUCAGAGAUCUGAUUUGCAACCAAGUAGCAACAAAAAGCUCAAACUGGAUCCGGAGCAGCAGCAAAGCAGCGGCGAGGACACGGACAGUGACGAAGCACUACUGCAAUGCGCACGUCGCUCGAAACGUGUGAAAAAAGCUGAGACGAAGGUAAAGACCGAAAUUAAGGCGGAUCUUGAAGCUACAAGGGAUGUCAUUGCCAUGCGGCCUCAACCCUGGAUACGAGUGAAUGCUUCGUUAAACCGACGUGUCCUUGAUCGUUGGCUGGGCGCUCUAUUGAGCGAAUGUAUCACACGGAACGGCUGCAUUGUGCACAACUUGUUCCUUCGGUUUCCCCACCUCUUGCCCGUGGACAUAAUGUUGCUGCUGGAGCUACUCUUCGAUUUGGGUUGCGUUCAGCUCGUUGAGCUAGAGUUGCCGACGGUACAUUUGGAGAGCUCCUACGAUGAUGACUUCCAGGAGAAGCCUGUUACAAUCCUUUACGAUCCCAACUACACAUAUGUAAAGGUUCAGACGGAUGCCAUUAGACGACUUACCAAUUUUAUAGGGCUCAAGAAGUACACCUCGGAGUUUAUUUAAAUGAACAUUAACAUAAGUGAAGACGUCAGCAAAUGGCAGUUAAGAUGAAAGAAUGGACAAUUAGAAGAGCAGUGGGCUGCACAUUGAGGCUCUACAUAUAUGUGUAAAUGUCAACUUAUGUGGAGUAAAAUGAUAUCUCUAGGCCUGCACCUCUUUCAAAACAUAACAUGUAUGGAAGAUAUAAUGGCCGUUUUAAUAAAAAUGUUUUAAACAAAAUAAAUAUUAAUAUUUUUGCCUACUUUUUUAUACUUGGGUUGAAGUCAGAAUAAAAGACCGAAUUUUUAUACCGACACUUUCUAUGCAAAUUGUGUUGCGGAUCUAUCCGACUGAUUUCGAAAUAGGUAAAAAGGCUUUCUCAAAUUGUUUUAAUGACAUUCGUCUAAAGUACGUGGGGAAGCGACUAUCGAAUAGGUGCCUGAGUUGAAAGUUGAAUAUGCCUUUUCAUACAUUUGUAAGAGCAUAAGAGUG